UUAGAUGAGAAAGGAAUGAGACCAUUUGACUUCUUCGGAUUAUGCCAUCUUCAUCUUCACUAUUCCAAACCAUACAACCUUUACAAGCAGCAAUCACAAUAAACAGUGCAAGCUCCUGCAAAACUUGCCCAUGGAACGUCCGCCUGCGGGAACUCGCCGACGGCGGUUUUCAUCGCCAAGCCUUGGCCCUCUUCCGCCUCAUGCUCGUACACUCCAACCCCCGACCGGAUGCCUUCUCUCUCCCAUCCCCUCUCCGCUCGGCGGCUGCACUCUCCCUCCCCUUCACUGUCUCCAAUCUCCACUCCUUCGCCCUCAAGUCAGGCCAUAUCCCAGGCGACGCCUUUGUCAUCUCCUCCCUUCUAUCUGCAUACGCCCGCCUCUCGCUCAUCCCCCUUUCUCACGCCCUUCUCCACGAAAUCUCCGCCCCCGAUUCCCCCACCCCGAUCCCCACCCUUGUCGUCUGCUUCAACUCCAUCAUCUCCGGACAUGCCUUUCCCUCCAACGAACCCCUCUCCUUCUUCAACCGAAUGCGACACUCUGACCUCCCUUUCAAUUCCAUCACUCUUCUCGCAUUGAUUCCCGUUUCUCCUCCAGCUUCUAUUUCCUCACUCCACGCCUUGACCGUUUUCUCCGGCUUCAAUUUCGACCCGGCUGUGACUAACUGUAUCAUCACCGCCUACGCCAAGACCGGCGAUAUCGAUCUCGCCGGCCACGUGUUCGAUGAGAUGCCUAAACCCCGCGAACUUAUUUCCUGGAACGCUCUGAUAUCCGGCUGCUCCCAGAACGGCCUCGGCUACCGCGUUCUCGACCUGUUCGAUGAAAUGGAGCGCUCUGGGGAAGCUGAUCCAGACCCAGUCACCAUCGUUGGCGUGCUCUCCUCAUGUGCCAAUCUCGGCGCCCACGCCUUUGGGCUAAAAGUCGAACGCUACAUAGAAAAGAUCCCAUCUUUCAGCUCCAAUACCUUCCUAAAAAAUGCGCUCAUAAACAUGCACGCUAGAUGUGGAGAUUUAGCUCGUGCGAGCAAGAUUUUUGAUGGAAUGCCUGACAAAAGCCUUGUUUCAUGGACUGCUAUCAUAUCUGGAUUCGGAAUACAUGGCCAUGGAGAGAUUGCAUUGAACCUGUUUGACAGAAUGCUUUCAGAAGGCCUGCGGCCUGAUGGAGUUUUGAUGGUGAGCGUGUUAUCUGCAUGUAGCCAUUCAGGACUGACCAAAGCUGGAAUCCAGUAUUUCUCGAAUAUGCAAAGUGUCUAUGGAGUCCAGCCUCGGCCGGAGCACUAUGCCUGUAUGGUGGAUCUCUUGGGCCGUGCUGGCCUGCUAAAAAAAGCUGUGGAGCUCAUCAGUUCCAUGCCUAUGGAGCCUGACGGAGCAGUUUGGGGCUCUCUCUUGUCUUCUUGUAAAAUCCAUAAAAAUACUGAAUUCGGGGAGAUGGCUUUUCAACAUGUCGUUGAGCUUGAGCCUGACAAUGUGGGAUACUAUGUCUUGAUGUCAAAUAUAUACUUGGAUUCUGGAAGAUUAGAUGGUGUUGCAAGGAUUCGAGCCAUGAUGAAAACCAGAGGACUUAGAAAGGAUCCUGGAUGUAGCUAUAUGGAGCAUAUGGGAAAGGUUCAUUUGUUCUUGGCUGAUGACCAUUCCCACCUGCAGGCCAAAAGUAUCUAUGAUAUGAUUGCCAGAUUGGAGAAUCUUGUAAUGGAGGAGAAUUGUGGAGUAGUAAAAGCUAAUUUGGAUAACAAAUUUGUGGGCAAAGGGAGGAAUAUGUGGAAGAGCAAGAUUUUUGGAACUCAUAGUGAGAAGUUGGCCAUAGCAUUUGGGCUGCUGAAUACUGAACCAGGGAGGGAGAUUGUCGUUAUAAAGAACUUGAGGGUUUGUGAAGAUUGCCAUUUGUUCAUUAAGUUGGUGUCAAAGAUUGCUAAUCGCAGGUUUGUUGUGAGAGAUGCUACUAGGUAUCAUCAUUUUGAGGGUGGAUAUUGUUCAUGCAAGGAUUACUGGUGAGUUCUUCUUUGAGCUGGAUCAAGAUCUGGCGAUUACUUUCAGAAAUUUUUGCCUUUGAGGUAACACUAACUUGUUCAAAUUCAAUUGAUUACUAGUUUGUCAAUGUUAGUUAACGCAAAUGGAAUGAUUGAAGGUUGAUCUAAGUCGAUUGUUAAUUGUAAAAUUUAUGUAUAAUUUAUGAAAUGAAUCCAAAGUUAAUUUAAUUUGUGCUAGGGAA